AUUGAUUGGGAGACCAAUCAACAUAAGAGUGGGUCCUUGGCCAAGAUAUUUUUAUGAGAAAUGCCAAAAAGGCAUCCUCAAUCACACCAACUCCUACAGCUCGGUUAACCUACUCAAAUAAGUGAGAUAAGGUCUGAAAACUCCAUUGUUAUCAUCCAUACACGCACCAAGAACAAGGGAGGAAGAAGGAGGGGAAAAGAGAAGAGAAAAGUUGGUUUUGGAGAGGAAAAACUUGUGUUUAGCAAGAUAUUCAAGGAACUUUCACGGAGUUGAAAGGGGCACCGGAGUUGUCGCCGGAGUUCGUUGAAGUUCGCCGGAGUUUCACCGGAGCUAAAUCGGGAAGGCUAGAACUUCAUAAGCUUCAUUAAGGUUGAGGCUAGAGUCCUACUACCUGCACCUUUGCCUAGGGUGAUUGAUUGAGAAGGAAGACCUGGUUCGUGCUUCCAUUCUUAUUUCAAAUGUAUAAACCGCUCAUGGAUUUUUGAACAAUAUUUUCAUUAAAAUAGUUGGGGGCCUGCGUGCCCGUGUUUGCCACGUGUGGCUAAGUAUCAAACAUAUUAUUAUUUCCGCAUUUGUUUGAUUAUGAUAUUGAUGUUGAUUGUAUGUGUUUACUAAUCGGUUUGGCAAUAGAAUCAAUCGAACGCCUUGUACAACUCAAUAGGAAUAGGGAUGAACUGUUGUUGUUUUUAUCGGGUUGUAUGGCGGUUGUCUACGUGGAUCGGAUGCGGUCCGGGACGUGACAUAUGUGGGCACAUCUGAAAAAGGAAAGCGCAACCAAGGGCGCUAUUGUUGUGGGUGGGGUAAUUAUGCACUUAGCCACCAAGUUCGGGUAUACAGACAACUCUUCUAUACCCGACUAUUGUUUGAUGAACAUUUCUUGGUUAGGCCAUUCGGGUUGUACAGCCUUUUCCCAUAUAGUUUAUGGUGGUGAACGACCAAAAAAUAUGUAUAACUGGCUCAUACACCCCAAGCCUCUCAAAUACUUCCUCCUACCCAACCAAGAACUUCCCAAACUGCGCUACAGAGAAGCGGUAGAGGAACCCCAUUACCUAUUCCCACACGCCCUUCCACCACAUCUCCAAGAACCGGAACAAGAGCCUCCCCAAUACCAACCCGAAUACGAGCCUUAUACUGAACCCCAUGGCCAUGAAGACAUGGACGCCGACAUCCCCGAACAAACUCAAAACCCUCCACCACCUAACUUCUUUCAACAACUUUUGGAGGGUCAACAACAAUUGCUUACGGGGUACAAUCAAAUGAACACAAACUACAUGGCUAUGGGAGACCGGCUCAACCAAAUACAGGAGGAGAAAAGGGCCGGUUUUCAACGGUUGGAGGAGCUCCGAGAAGCCGACAGGCAUCGGCAUGAAGAAGAUCAAUGUAGGUUCUACGGACCUAUGUACUCUUACUUGGCCGAGCAGGGAUCUUUUCAGACCAUGGCGAACCCCCCUCCACCACCCUCGUGGUAUGACCCCACUCAUUGGGGUAACUUUGGAGGAUCUAGCUCCGGGGGUGGAGGGUACGACGGCGGAGAUGGCGGGGACACAUACAUGGGAGAUGGCGGGCAAGGGAGCGGCUUCGGAGGCAGCUACUACGGCGGAGAAGGCGGGCACUAGGGAUAGUGCUUGGCCUAAGUGUGGGGGAGAGACUCUUAUGGCACUCAUUUCAUCUCUUUGGAGGAAAAGAAGAGGAAGAACAAGAAGAGGAAGAAGAAGAGAGGAGGAGAAGAGAAGAUGAGCACUAGAAGUCCAUAAAACCCAAUAAAAUAUUUGUACUUAAAACUCAUAUUUUAUCAUUGGUGGUCUUUGUGCUUUUAUCUUGUAAAAUUGUUGAAACCUUGGAAAACUUAAACACUUGUGAACAUUUGACUUUAAUCGAGGACGAGUAAAGAAACUAAGUGUGGGGGAGUUGAUACGCUUGUAAUUUCCAUUUGUAUGUUUGUGUUUUUAGUUAGUUUUGAUUGAUUUUUACUUUGGAAAUUACACACUUUUGAUGUAAUAGU